ACGGCGAAUCUUUCAUUUUCGUGCACCUAUUCAUUAGUGAUUUCUAUAUAAAAUGAGUGAAUUUGAUAUCGAAUAUUACUAUUUAUCGGACUCUGAGAUUAAAGGCGAAUUUGAUUUUGAAGAUGCUGAAAAUAAAGGAUUUGAGGACAAUGAGGAAGAUUCGAGGUUUUAUGAAGCGAAAUGUGGUGAUAUUUUCGUUUCAAACAGUGGAAAGUAUACUUUUGUCUGUGAGUUUUGUAGCGGCCGUUACGAAGAUAUGGGGUCAUUUGGCGAUCAUCUGAAGGACACACAUUUGGACUAUGAUACUGAAGAAGCAGAAGCAGAACCCGGAACAGAAUUGAAAGUAGGAAAUGGAUACCCAGAUGAAGGGGAAGAGACCAAUUCUAAGGAAGUAGUGGAGGAAGAAUGGCAAUCUAAUGAUCAUGACUUAAUAGAGACACCUACUCCUGCCGAUUUUGAGUUCAUAGGAUCACCUACUUCUGCGGAUUCAACGUUAGUAGAUUCGGAUCUAUAUUGCACGUUAUGUGAUCGCCAGCUCAAAACAAAGUUAGCAUUUUCACGACAUAAGAAUAUACACAAAUGUAAACUCAUUGCUCAAUAUUUAUCGGCACAGGCAUUGGUAUCAUCAGAUUUUCAGUCAAAUUCUAACAAAGUAAAGGGGGAAGAAUUGCAACCUUAUGGUCAUGACCUAAAAAAGGCACCUACUCCUGGGGAUUCGACAUUAAAGGAGACAUCUACUCCUGCGGUUUCAACCUUACUAGAAACACCUACUCCUGCCGGUUCAGAUCUAUGUUGCAAGCCAUGCAAUCGCCAGUUCAAAACAAAAUUAGCUUUUUCACGUCAUAAAAACAUACACAAAUGUAAACUCAUUGCUCAAUAUUUGGCUAAAAAGGCAUUGGCGUGGUCAGAUUCUCCAAAACAGGAUUUAACUGCGGAAGUCUCAACAUCGAGAGAUUCUCCAAUAGAGGACUUAGCUGCAGAAGUCUCGACAGAUUCUCCAAGAACGCAAACCGAAGUCGGUCAAUUCUUUUGUAGUUUUUGCAAUCGUUACUUCAAAACAAGGCAAGGGUUCAAAGAUCAUUCGGUAAGUCGCCAUGGUGACAAGAUUCCAGAAGCACUGCGUGAUGACCCCUCCCACCGUACCUGUAAAUUCUGCCACAUGAAGUUCGACAAAGUUCUGGAACGAGUAAGACACGAGGAAACUCAUGACGAGGAUAAGCCCUUCAGAUGUGCAUUGUGCCCGAAAACUUUUCGAUUGAACUCCCAGCGCGAAUUGCACAAUCAUAGUCACACAGGCGCCCAUCCAUAUCCUUGCCCGCAUUGCCCAAAAGCAUUUACAACUCAAAUCAAUCGCUUACAACAUAUCCGCAGACAUUUUGGCAUCAAACGAUUCACGUGUGAAUAUUGCGAUAAGAAAUUCGUCACCAAUGUGCAACGAAACAUUCAUAUUCGUAUCCAUACCCUCGAAAAACCAUAUCAAUGCGAAGAGUGCGGGGAAAGAUUUCGAGUCAGUGGACAGUUGCUCAUGCAUAAGAAGAGGCAUUCAAACAUUCGUGAUUUCAAGUGUGAUAUAUGCGAGAAGUCGUUCUUUGCAAAGGAGGAUGUUAAGUCACAUAGAAUUUCACAUUUCGAGGAUCGUCCGUUCGAGUGUACUGAAUGCGGGAAGAAGUUCCAACGGAAGAAAAACCUGACUGCACACCAGAAGCUCCAUAUGCCCGAGAAGAAAUACGAAUGUAAUAUUUGUGGGAAGAAGUUUGCACAGUGUGCUGGACUGUAUUCGCAUAGGAAAACACAUGGCGUGACAUACCUAAAUCUUCUGUAUAAAAUGAGUGAAUACGAUAUCGAAUAUUACUACUUAUCGGAUUCUGAAAUUAGAGGCGAAUUUCAUUCUGAGGAAGAUGAGGAAAAUAAGAGAUUUAAGGCCACUGAGGAAGAUUCAAAUGGUUACGAAGCGAAAUGUGGCGAUAUUUUUGUUUCAAAUAGUGGGAAGUACACUUUCGUCUGUGAGUUUUGUGGUGGCCGUUACGAAGAUAUGGAAUCAUUUGGCGAUCAUCUAAAGGACGCACAUUUGGACUAUGAUGUCGAAGAUUCAUCGACUGUAGAAUCCGGAACAGACUUGAAAGUAGGAAAUGGAUAUCCAGUUGAAAGUGGAGAGAAAAAUCUUAACAAAAUACUGGAGGAAGGAUGGCAAUCCAAUGAUCAUAACUUAAUAGAGACACCUACUUCUGCCGAUUCUGAGUUAGUAAAGGCACCUACUCCUGCGGAUUCAAAGUUAAUAGAGACACUCACCCCUGCCGAUAUGGGCCUAUAUUGUAAGUUAUGUAAUCGCCAGUUUAAAAGAAAGUUAACAUUUUCACGUCAUAGGUGUACUCACAAAUAUAAACUUAUUACUGACAAUUUAACUGCAAAGGUCUUGAAAGAUUCUUCGAUAUCAACGAAUUCACCAAUAGAGGAGGUCUCAACACAAUUUCCAGUAAAGGAUUUAGCUACCAAGGUCUUAACAGAUACUGGAAAAAAGCAAAUCGAGGUCGAUCAAUUCUUUUGCAGCUUGUGCAGUCGAUACUUCACAACAAAGCUAAAGUUAACAGAUCAUGCGGCAAGUCGACAUGGUAACAAUGUUCCAGAAGCACUUCGUGAUGAUUCCUCCUAUCUUUCCUGCAAAUUUUGCCACAUGAAGUUCGAUAAAGUGCUAGAUCGAGUAGAUCACGAGAAAACUCACGACGAGGAGAAACCCUUCAGAUGUGCAUUGUGCCCAAAGACCUUUCGCCGGAAAAGCGAACGCACUUACCACGAUCAUAGUCACACGGGUGCCCGUCCAUAUCCCUGCCCGCACUGUCCAAAAGCAUUUGCAAGUCAAAUCAAUCGCCUACAACAUAUCCGCGGACACUUGGGCAUCAAACGAUUCUCGUGUGAAUUUUGUGAUAUGAAAUUCGUCACAAACGUCCAACGAAACAUCCAUAUUCGUAUCCAUACUCACGAGAAACCUUAUCAAUGCGAAGAAUGUGGCGAGAGAUUUAGAGUAAGUGGAAAGCUGUUUUCGCAUAGGAAGCGUCAUGCUAACAUUCGUGACUGCAAGUGCGAUAUAUGCGGGAAGUCGUUCUUUUCAAAUGCUGAUGUUAAAAAACAUAGAGUUGGACAUUUUGAGGAUCGUCCGUUUGAGUGUACUGAAUGCGGGAAGAAAUUUCAACGGAGGAAAACUUUGACCGCACAUCAAAAGUUACAUGGGCCCGAGAAGAGCUACGAGUGUAACAUUUGUGGGAAGAAAUUUGCGCAAGCCGCAGGACUUUGUACGCAUAGGAAAACACACGGCGUAGUGGAGUUGAAUACAUAAGGAUAAAGGGCAUAUACCCCCGAAUUAUAAGGAAUAAAGGCUG